UUUUUUUUCUAACUCAGAACCACGAAGUAUGUGUGAUUGUGUGAAUGAGUUCCAACACUGGGAGAUCUCUAAAUAACAUUCCAAGAUCAUAUGUCGUGGUGAAUUCUUCAGAACCAAGAUUGGACUUAUUUGAAGAGAAGCAUAGUUGAGAGGCUAUACAUAACAACUUCUAAAAGAUAAGGGAGCAUCUAUGUUAAUUGGUGUAAAGAGUAGUCCAUAGGUUUCGUCCCCAAAAUCAUGAUUUGCAAGUUCAAUUUUUUUAGGGUUCAUACACAUCUUAAAUUUGUUCUAUUGCCAGCGUUGUUCUUCCUGGAUUUCGAUCUCAUUUCAAUACUUUGGAAAUAUCCGGUGUUCUCUAUCCCCGUUUGCUAGAGGAUCUCAAUCAUUGGUUGCUGAAUUUGCUUACGACAGUUAUGACCUAAUUGCCCCUUUUAAUUACGGAUAUUCCUAGUAGUUGGCUCUUAGUUGCUUCGGAAUUAUUGUCAUGAAGAGCGGAAACGAUGAUCAAAGAAUGCUAAUAGUACAAGAUUCUGUAGAAACUUCAGUGUCUCCUGCAGCUGAUGAUGUGAAGAAAUAUAGUGCUCAACAAAGAGAAGCUUUACCAGGAGAGCCUCUGUGCAUAGAAUGCGGACGAUAUGGGGAAUACAUAUGUGACGAAACUGAUGAUGAUAUCUGCAGCCUUGAAUGUAAGCAGAAGCUCUUGCUUAAAAUCAAAGAACCCAAGUUGCCUACUAGUCUCACGCUUCCUCCCAUAAGAUUACCCACUAGCGAUGAAUGCUUUUAUGUUAAAGAUGGUAAUGAAAAAGGGUAUGAAAUCCCAACACCUGUUCAAAUGCAAGCAAUUCCUGCUGCCUUAAAGGGUCAAAGCCUGCUUGUUUCAGCCGAGACUGGUUCAGGAAAAACCGCUUCUUAUUUGAUUCCCACAAUCUCUUUCUGUGCAAAUUUCAGAAAAGAAGAGAAAAAGCCAUUAGUGAUGGUGUUGACACCAACUAGGGAGCUUUCCAUACAAGUUGAAGAACAAGGUAAGAUACUUGGAAAAGGUUUGCCUUUUAAAACAGCAUUAGUGGUAGGUGGUGACGCAAUGCCUAAACAGAUCCAUCGUAUACAGGGUGGAGUAGAAAUGAUUGUAGGGACACCUGGCAGGCUUAUUGAUCUUUUAACCAAAUAUGACAUUGAACUCGACAGUGUAUCAAUUUUAGUUAUAGAUGAAGUUGACUGCAUGCUCCAAAGGGGUUUCCGUGAACAGGUGAUGCAGAUUUACAGGGCUCUAUCUCAACCUCAAGUUUUAUUAUAUUCUGCAACUGUUCCAGUUGAAGUAGAGAAGAUGGGAAGAUCAUUAGCAAAAGAGAUGAAUGUGAUCACUGUUGGAAAGCUAAACAAGCCAAAUCAGGCUGUGAAACAGGUGGCUAUAUGGGUUGAGUCGAAAAGAAAGAAACAAAAGCUUUUUGAUAUAUUUGCCAGCUCACAGCACUUUAAGCCACCUGUGAUAGUGUUUGUGGGUUCAAGGCUUGGGGCGGAUCUUCUUUCUGAGGGUAUAAGUGUCACCACAGGGUUAAAAGCUUUGGCUAUUCAUGGAGAGAAGAGCAUGAAAGAAAGGAGAGAGAUUUUGAAUUCUUUUUUAUUAGGGGAGGUUGAGGUUAUUGUGGCAACUGGAAUAUUGGGGAGAGGGAUUGAUCUUUUGCAUGUGAGACAAGUGAUUGUGUUUGACAUGCCGAAUUCCAUAAAGGAGUAUGUUCAUCAGAUUGGUAGGGCAUCUAGAAUGGGAGUGGAGGGUAAUUCGAUUGUGUUUGUUAAUGAGGAGAAUAAGAAGCUGUUUCCAGAGUUGAUUGGAAUCCUGAAAGCAUCUGGAGCUGUGAUACCUCGGGAGAUUAGCAAUUCAAGAUACUUGGCAAUGGCAGCCCCAAAAGACAACAGAAAAAGAAAGCCUGUUUGGUAA